UUUCCUUAAAAGUAUGCAGAGUGAGCUUUUGGAUGAGGGCAAACUUGUGGAGGCAAUAGUAAUACCCUCUGGAAUGUGGCGGUAAUCGUGGUGAGCCAUUUAGCUCCAGACAGGGACUCAGACUGGAGUCUCCCGUUAUGAGGAUGUUGCAAUAUUUCCGCACAGCUUACGUGCCACAAGCCCGGCCAGGCAAACACACAUGCGGACACGCACCGGAGGAUUCCGGAGAGGAGCGCUUAGGAGCUGACAGUUUUGUAAAUAUGUGUGCGGAGGUUCGCCGCCCUGCCCGGAGAAAUCCUCCAGCAGGGAUGGGAGAAGGAGGAGGGGUAGGAGCAGGUGGAGCCCCAACUCCCCAGCAAGCGGAAGGAAACAGUUAAUACUUCUGUCUGUUAUGCGCUUACUUCCUGUCUCCAUUAAAAGUCAUUCUUUUGGAUAAUCCUUUUGGCAACAUUAUGGCAAGUAUUAAAACUUUUUUGCACCAGCCAGGGAGCAACGUCAUGGCCCGCCCAUGUCCCUGGCUACUACCUAGCCAGCAUGGCAAAGUUUUGCAGAUUCUUCUGCUGUUGUGGCCAGGAUUUGGAUUUGUUGUGCCGUACUGUGUUCUGUGUUCUCUGCUCGGUGAGCUUUGCUGUGGACCAGAGUGCGCAUUUGGUGUGGGUUUCGGUUUUGCCGACUCCUUUGGCCAGCUGCGGGGCAUUCCUUUCCACUCUGUGUUCAUAGGUGGCCCUGUUUUUGCCUCCGCAUGAUAACCAUAAAUAUUUCGUGUAAUAGAAAAUGUUGUGCAAGUGCUUUGCUCUGGCCAUUUUUUGCUUACUUCUUGGCUUUGGCUUGAUUACGGCCAGCGGAUUCCGGGCAAAGUUUAAUCGAAAAGGAGCAGAGAGAUCGGAAAAUUCCGCGCUAAUGGCGCAAACCGGGCUACGUAUUCAAUUCGGAAUAGUCGCCCUGAGCAGAUGAGCAUUUAUCAUCAUCAGCAGAAGCCUGACUCGAGGCAUAUUGAAUAUUUGGCUUUUUGCCUACUCCGCAAAUGAAUAUUAACGGUUGGCCGGGACUCACCUUGCUCCGCACUCUGGUUGGGAAUUAUUCAAAUUUCGACAAAAGGUGGCCGGGCUAAAACACGAAACGUGUUCCGCAUCCGCAAAAUCCUUUGAGCAAACACACACAGGGCAAAGGCUAAAAUGACACCAGCGGCUAUAUUGUUGUAUGUAGUCCCCAGCCAUUAAAAGUACGCUCGGCUGAAUGCCGAAUGCUCCCUUUAUGCAAAUCCCCCAAAAGGAGAUGGCUGGAAGGCCUUCGCUGUCGUCUGGUUGCCAUGAAAAAUUGACACCUCAUCGCCUUUCAAUGGAGCACCUGGAACCGGGAGCACCGCUCGUGGGUGAAAGACUGCGGCUGAUUGAACCGUGUCCGGCUUUAAUGGUCUCUGCUCCCCGGGGAGCCAAUCGCUGAUCCUUCGCCAGCUAAACAAUGUGAUAGGUGAGUCUUUAAGCUAAACUAAAUAUUGAAACAAGUGAAAUACAUUUUCCACUCGGAAUUUGUCGCUGAGCACGUCAGCUGACAGAGCUUUCCCAGUCAGCUGAUCUCCGAUCUCCACUUGCCGCAUUCGAUCUCCAAUGGCCCGAAGAGCUUUCCCAGUUGCCAUGGAAUCGCCAGCCCGUGUGCUCGCAUGAAAAAGAACUGUCCGGAAAUAGCUCAGCCCGCUGGCCACAGAUGUUCGGUGGGAAUUCCAGAGCAGCAGGCAUGUGGCAGCGCAUACUUUUGCUCGGCUGCAUGUGGAGUGCAUUUUUCGUGUGCAGCAGCCGGGGGCAACAAAUCAACAUUGGCGCCUUCUUCUACGACGAUGAGCUGGAGCUGGAGAAGGAGUUCAUGACGGUGGUCAACGCCAUCAAUGGACCUGAAUCGGAACAGACGGUGCGUUUCUAUCCGCUCAUAAAGCGCCUGAAGCCCGAGGAUGGAAGUGUCACGAUGCAGGAACAGGCCUGCGAUCUCAUAGAUAAUGGUGUCGCGGCUAUUUUCGGACCAAGUUCAAAGGCGGCGAGCGACAUUGUGGCCUUGGUGUGCAAUAGCACCGGCAUUCCGCACAUAGAGUUCGACAUAUCGGACGAGGGCAUUCAGGCCGAGAAGCCCAACCACCAACUGACCCUUAACCUGUACCCCGCCCAGGCCAUAUUGUCCAAGGCCUACGCGGAUAUUGUGCAGAACUUUGGGUGGCGCAAGUUUACCAUUGUCUACGAUGCGGACGAUGCCAGGGCAGCAGCUCGACUGCAGGAUCUUUUGCAGCUGCGAGAGGUUCACAAUGAUGUGGUGCGGGUGCGAAAGUUCCAGAAGGACGACGACUUUCGGGUUAUGUGGAAGAGCAUCCGGGGCGAGCGGCGAGUUGUUUUGGACUGUGAGCCCAGCAUGCUGGUGGACCUCCUGAACUCCUCCACUGAGUUUGGCCUGACUGGACAGUACAAUCAUAUAUUCCUGACGAACCUGGAAACCUACACCGAUCAUCUGGAGGAACUCGCGGCGGACAACGAAACCUUUGCAGUGAACAUAACUGCUGCUCGUCUUUUGGUCAAUCCCGAUCCUCCGCCGUACUCUCUGCCUUACGGAUAUGUGACCCAAAGGGACAGCAUCGUUUACGAAAGCAACGAUCCGCCUCGCACCCUCCUCCACGACUUGAUACAUGAUGCACUGCAGCUUUUUGCGCAGUCCUGGCGCAAUGCCAGCUUCUUCUACCCGGACAGGAUGGUGGUGCCGCGAAUAACCUGCGACUUUGCCGCAUCCGGAGGUCGCACCUGGGCCAUGGGGCGCUAUCUGGCACGCCUCAUGAAAGGGACUUCCGGCGUGAACAACACGAACUUCCGGACCAGUAUCCUGCAGUUCGACGAGGAUGGACAGCGGAUAACGUUCAACAUCGAGGUCUACGACCCCUUGGAUGGCAUUGGCAUAGCCAUCUGGGACCCUCGGGGUCAGAUAACUCAACUCAAUGUGGACGUCAAGGCGCAGAAGAAGAUGAUUUACCGGGUGGCCACCAGAAUUGGCCCACCGUACUUCUCGUACAACGAGACUGCGAGGGAGCUGAAUCUCACGGGCAACGCCCUCUAUCAAGGAUAUGCCGUGGACCUUAUCGACGCCAUUGCCAGACACGUGGGAUUUGAGUAUGUCUUCGUUCCCGUGGCUGAUCAGCAGUACGGAAAACUGGACAAGGAAACCAAGCAGUGGAACGGCAUCAUUGGCGAGAUAAUCAAUAAUGAUGCUCACAUGGGAAUCUGCGACCUGACCAUCACCCAAGCGCGGAAGACCGCAGUGGACUUCACCGUGCCCUUUAUGCAGCUGGGUGUCAGUAUCCUGGCAUACAAAAGCCCGCAUGUGGAAAAGACACUCGAUGCGUACCUGGCACCUUUUGGGGGAGAAGUGUGGAUAUGGAUUCUCAUAUCGGUGUUCGUAAUGACCUUCCUCAAGACCAUAGUCGCGAGGAUCUCCAAGAUGGACUGGGAGAACCCGCAUCCCUGCAAUCGGGAUCCCGAGGUACUCGAGAAUCAGUGGCACAUCCAUAACACUGGCUGGUUGACUGUGGCCUCCAUCAUGACAGCAGGAUGCGACAUCCUACCGAGAAGUCCACAGGUGCGAAUGUUUGAGGCCACCUGGUGGAUUUUUGCCAUCAUCAUAGCCAACUCCUAUACGGCCAACUUAGCUGCGUUUUUGACCAGCUCCAAAAUGGAGGGCAGCAUAACCAACCUGAAGGAUCUGAGUGCCCAGAAGAAGGUCAAGUUCGGCACCAUCUACGGCGGGAGUACGUACAAUCUCCUGGCGGACUCCAACGAGACCGUCUAUCGCCUGGCCUUCAAUCUCAUGAACAACGACGACCCAUCCGCCUACACAAAGGACAAUCUGGAAGGCGUCGACCGCGUGCGGAAGAAUCGAGGGGACUACAUGUUUCUCAUGGAGACCACCACCUUGGAGUACCAUCGCGAGCAGAACUGCGACCUGCGCUCCGUGGGCGAAAAGUUCGGGGAGAAGCACUACGCCAUUGCGGUUCCCUUCGGGGCUGAGUACAGGUCCAACCUGAGUGUGGCCAUCCUGAAGCUCAGUGAGCGGGGUGAGCUGUACGAUCUUAAGCAAAAGUGGUGGAAGAAUCCCAACGCCAGCUGCUUCGAGGAACCCGAUCCCGAUGCCACGCCUGACAUGACCUUCGAGGAGCUGCGCGGCAUAUUCUACACGCUCUACGCCGGAAUCCUGAUUGCCUUUCUCAUCGGCAUCACGGAGUUUUUGGUCUACGUGCAGCAAGUGGCUUUGGAAGAAAGGCUCACUCUUAAGGACGCCUUCAAGAAGGAGAUCCGCUUUGUGCUUUGCGUAUGGAACAAUAGGAAACCCAUCGUGGCCGGCACUCCAAUAUCCAGUGUGAGGACUACACCGCGAAGAUCCUUGGAUAAGUCCCUGGAGCGCACUCCCAAGUCGAGCCGCCGAGUUGUCAUCGGGCGUUCAUCGGAGGAGAUGCGCGAAAUGGCCCAUGGAUCUGGUUCCUCCUCGGGAAGCAACAACGCAGGAAGGGGACAAAAGGAGGCGCGGGUCUAAGCUGUGCAUGUUAUUUAUAUGUUUAACACAGAAAAAGUUAUAAUACAUUUAAUUUAUAAAAUAACCUGUGUACC